AUGCCUUUGACUCCAUGUGUAGAGAGGCCCUAUGGAAAAUCCUCAAGGUUCGUGGUAUACCCACACCUUAUCUCCUCUCUGUAUUCUGGAACAGAGAGUGCUGUUAAGUAUGCUGGUGGCGUGGCUGUGCAGGAAUGCACAAUGGCUCCUGUACGUUUCAAAACUUGUAUGAACUGGAUUAUGGGAGGUGUGAUGGAAAGCACAGGUUGUGGAGUCUCGUUUAGAAGUAUCAAGAUAACUGAUCUUGAAUUUACAGAUGAUGCCGCAUUGUUGGCCGAGUUGGUUGAUUCUCUAGUAGGAGCACUUGACGCACUGAGUGUGGAUGCUGAACCGUUUGGACUCCAUAUGUUGUGGGUUAAGACUGUCAGGUCUGUCUCGGCAAAGAGUGGGAACAUGGAUGUCACUGAUUCGUUUGUCUACCUCGGCAGCAUGAUCAGUAGCUCUGCCAGCUGUGAGGUCGCAAGAUGUCUUGGCCUUGCACAGGGUGUUAUGAGAUCGCUUGACAAGGGUGUUGGAAAUGGUAUUUUAUUGGCAACAAGUUUACCAAUUCUUUCAAGAUAUUUUGACAAGCGAUUUGCCCUUGCAACUAGUGUUGCAUUUGUUGGAAAUGGUUUGGGAAUGUUCAUAUUUUCACCUUUGACCCAGAUCUUUGUAACAAAAUAUGGAUUACGGGGAGCAUUCUUAAUCUUAUCUGCGAUCAACGCCAAUACUAUUGUGUGUGCCAUUGUUAUGCGACCAAUCACUGUGAUCAGCCAGGACUUGGAAAAGCAAAACACGGAGUCAGACAAUAAUUAUUUGAAAGAAUUUUGUCAACGCCUGGGGUUCAGACUAUUGUGUUCCAAUCAUGCUUUUGCUUUGAUGAUGUUGGCUGUUUUCCUUGGCGAUACCAGUUAUUUAAUUUCGGUAACAAUGAUCGUACCACAAGCAGUUGAUAUUGGAAUUCCAGCAAUGAAAGCUUCCUUUUUAGUUACAUCAUUAGGUAUCGCGAGCCUUUCAACUAGAGUAGUGUUAGGAUGGUUUGUGGAAAAGGUUUAUAUUCGACCAGCCUAUAUUCUACCAAUAGCCAUGCUCACUAUGGGAGCAGCGCAAGUAACAAUUGCUUCAAUAACUGUUUUUCCUGUGUUAAUUGCUUCGUGUAUUCUUAUUGGAGUUUCUGAUGGAGUUUAUUUCCCGUUACUGUUUACGAGUAUGAAAGAACUAGUAGGAGCCACUAAUUAUUCACUUGGAAAUGGAAUAACGUUACUAUCAGUUGGUAUAGCAGGCAUUGUUAGCUCACAAGCUGGAGGUUUGAUAUACGACACCACAGGCAGUUUCAAGAUAGUCUUUUACUUGGCCGCAAUCUUAAAUCUUAUCAGUGCUUUACUCUUCUGCGUUAUCGCCGUUAGGGUAUGCAGGAGUCACGCAUAUGACGAGAAAACAAUGAAAUCUGACGGAUGA